AAUAUCGGCGAGUCAUUAAUUCCUAGGUUUCUUUUUCAUUGAUCUCCAAGACCGAUGUUGGGUGCUUCUGCUUCUGCUUCUUACAUGGAGAAGACACCUGGCUCAGAGAUUCAGCUCCCUCCUGGUUUUAGAUUCCACCCUUCGGAUGAGGAGCUCAUAGUCCAUUACUUGAAGAACAAAGUGACUUCGAGUCCUCUCCCAGCUUCUAUUAUAGUUGAGAUCGAUUUAUACAAGUUCAAUCCAUGGGAGCUUCCAUCUAAAGCUUUGUUUGGAGAAGAUGAAUGGUAUUUUUUCUCACCAAGAGACAGGAAGUACCCGAACGGGGCAAGGCCUAACAGAGCGGCGGCUUCAGGGUAUUGGAAGGCGACGGGGACAGAUAAGCCAAUCCUGACUUCGUGCGGAACGGAGAGUAUUGGAGUGAAGAAAGCUCUGGUAUUCUACGAAGGACGUCCUCCCAAAGGAACCAAGACAGAGUGGAUCAUGCACGAGUAUAGACUGCGUGAAACCAUGAUCUGGACCCCCAAGCGAAAAGGGUCCAUGAGGUUGGAUGAUUGGGUGCUUUGUCGAGUGAGGCAAAAGAGCAGCACGCAAAGGAACAGAUGGGAAGAUAGACAAAUUACAAGUCAUGAACCAGCAGACGGCUAUCUCCCAAAAUUGAAUGAGGUAUGGCCUUCAAACGCGAAUAACCCCAACGUUGAGAUGGCCGAAAGCUAUCUAUUCAGUGACUGCCCCAUGCUACCUUACAUUUUUGCCUCUCAAGACCUUCCUUGCUUUGAUACAACAACCUCGAGCAUCAGCUUCCAAAGCAGUGACAGAUCUCGCACAUCUGCGCAGGAGGCCAAUUCUGAUACGAAGAAAUUGCAGAUUUCAUUUUCACCUCUUGAAAGCCUGUUUAACCCUUCGAAAAGAACGUCCAUGGAAGGUGAUAACCAGGCCACAAGUUUUGUCCCACCAAGCAAGAAGCUCAUCUGGGAUGAGACAGAAAAGGAGGAAGUGAUCUCGGUAAGCAACGAUUACAGUGACCUCAACUUUUAUGGAACAGACCACUCGGAAGGCAACGAUUUUAGUCCAGAUCAAUGGAACCCCAUCAUACAGUAUCAAGAGCUUAAUCACCUUGAUUUCACAGAAGCUUGCUAGAUAACUUCACAGCAUGUGGAAAAACUACGUACAUAAAUUACAAAGGGUUCUUUCGGUAUGAUGAGGUUUGCAGAUAUGUACGGCCUGGAUAGACAGAUUUGGUGAUCUAUUUCAUCAUGAAUUUGUCUGUAAAUUAGUAGGGUGAUUGCAAGGUUUGGAAUUUAUAUUGUAUACAUGUACAUAAUAUUGUGAGUACAUAUGGGAAAUCAAAUAAAUGCCUUAGUGGCUACGACCAGAGCACAGAGUAGAGCUCUCUUGUGAUCUUUUGAUAUUAGUUUGGUCAAAGCAUUGUCGAUGUAAUUUACAAAGUGUUAGCAUAAAAAUAAUGUUCAGUUCUUGAAGUAUUACCGUUCAAGAAUACAAGAGAGCCGCUCCUAAUGAAGAGAAACAUUCCCGAAUACAGGGAACCAAGCAUGCACUAGGAAUGGACCGUAAGUCAUGCCUACAAGUUGGAAAACUGGUAAUUGCAUACAAGGCUUAUUAACAAAAAAGAAAGAAAAUCAUGUGCAACACGGCAAAAGAUUAUUCCAACAACAAAACAGUGCAACACGGCAACACCCUAGC